GCUGCAGAGGCGGUUGCUAAGAGGUGGAGUUGGCGCCAUGUCGGCAGUGGCAGUGGCGGUGCUGCUGUGGUGGUUGAGCUGCUGCGGCUUGGCAGUGUGGAGAUAUUCCAUCAAUGGCUCGGACUAUUCCAUUCUUAGUACCAGGAAUUCUAUUCAGCUAGAGUUUGAAGGAACAUCUUUUUCAUCAUGGAACAUACCAGAGAGUUGUAAAGUUCAAAAUUCAAACUCUCCCACAACACUAUUACAUUGUGCUACACCUGGCAUUCAUACCAUAAAACCAGAUGUCGGAGGCCAAACCCAGGAAGAGGAACGCCAUUUGAUUGUGGGUGAAUCUCAUGUUUGCUUCUUGUGGUAUUUUAAAAUUCUAGAAAAUUUUGAAGAUUUAACCCAGACUGUCACUAUAUGGGUAUAUGAUCCAGAAAUUGCCAGCAGAGAAGAGUUGGAAUGGACCGCGGAGAAACCUUCUCUCAAUUCCAAAAUACUGACCAACUUGUUGAACACCCUGGGGCAACACCCUCACAUUCGCACGAUAGUGAAGAGGAUCACCUAUGAACCGAAUCCCUUAAGUUUGGAGGGAACCUGGAACAUUACUGUGCCAAUGUCCUCAGAUGAUGUAGUGAAAGAGAUCAGAGGGACCAAAGUGGCUUUCCAAGAUUGCUUCGUUUCCAACCGCCCCUUCCUUCUGACCUACCCGUUGCUGAUCCUCUCCUCAGGCCCAGCAGACUUGCCAGUCACGCUGCCUGCUGGAAGUCCACUGAUGGGUGGCAGUGGUGUCUGCGUUUAUACAUUUUCUGUCCUGGUCACUGAAGAUGAAACCUUCCAAACAAAUGAUUCCUUCCUUACCUGGACCAGGAUAAGAGUCCCCCCAGGUAUCCUGAGUGAAACUGACAGGCACAACGUCAGUGAUGUGACCAUACUCAGAGGUGCAAUUGUUUUUAUAAUAAAUGGUGGUAUUUACGUAAAAACUGAGGGAUCAUUUAGAAGACUGGGCAAGAAAGAUGGUGCUCCUGAAAGCGGCGUUGUUGGCGUUUCAAGAAGAAAGUGGUGUAAGGUCAGGUAUUUAUUUAAGUUUGAAAAAAAAAGAAGCAGAAUGGCAAUAUGGACAAAAAAAGAAGUUUAUCUUGGAUAUCCUAAAUUUAAAUAUGAAAAAAUACUAGAUAUCUCAGAACUGAAAGACGUGCUAAAGUUUGGCAGUAACGACGAAGUAGAAAUACAUUAUUUGGCUUACACGUGGCACCCUCUGGAGCUUGCUGCACUAGUAUCCUAUUGCUCCCCCUGCACUACCACCAAAAAGAUAUUCUUGCUGCUGUAUAACGAGGAUGCACCAAAGUGGGUACUCCAGGACUUCCAACUAGAGGUGCCCGUGGACAGAAGAUUGAAAGCAUAUUUUCUUUACUCGGCCCUGCCGGAUUUGAUCUUGUGGGAUGACCGCAGCAUAUACUAUUUCUACAAAAACUACACCAUUCGUGGAAUUUUAACAGCAGAGUCAGGAGAGAGCAAUCUGUCAAAGUUAUCAGGUGGCAGCAAAAUCCACAACAUCAUUUCAGAUCACACUGGGAAUAUUUUGGUAAAAAUGGAAAAUAACGUAAUGUUCUUUUUCAAGUCUGACAUUUCACAUGCAAUCAAGCUACACGCGUGGAUGAACACAACAGUAAAGACAGAGUUUUACAAGAACCAGCUUAUUAAACCUUAUUUGCUAUGUUAUAGCGAUCAAAACGGGCUGCAGCAUCAGGGAUACCCCUUAUAUCAGGAGCUCCAAAGUGUAUUGUACAAAACCCAAGAACAAUGCCCGUAUGUGGCAUUUCAACACAAUAUUUUUAGUCAAAUUUACUUUAUGGACAAAGGAACUACCCUGACAUUUUGGACUCAAUUAGUCUACCUAGAAAAUACAGGUCUCAGUAUUGUUGUGGAGCACUUCGGCCCAAAUAUAUUGACCUGGACACAGGAAGUCUCCUAUGAGAUUGCCUCGGGCUUCUCCACCAAAAGUAUAUUAACAACGUUUUUUCAGCGAACAAAUUACGAAUUAGUAGAUAAUUACUUCCAGCUACAGCAAAAGAACAUGGGUCUCGUGCUUGUUCAAUUCCGACCUACCGAAUCUUCAAAUACGUGUCCAGUUUCCAAACAGGCGCUUGAAAUUGCUGUCGGAUGUGAUAUAGAUAAAUACAUUGAGGUUAAAGGGGAAUUUCUGAGAGAUAAACCACUCGAAAAUAAGAAAGUAAGGUAUGAUGUGGAAAAAUACGGCUGUCCUCAGAGGCUUGAAUUCGAUAUGCCGUUUCAACCUGUGAUACAGCUCCCAGACACCAAGCAGCUGCUCUCCAUCACGCCUGUUUGGGAACUGAGAUCUGAAGCUCUUCAUGGUUUCUCAAAAUUAGGAAACACAGAAACAAGAAUGGCUUCCCAAAGUGGUUGCAUAAAUGAAGCGCAGACAUUCAAGUCAAUGAUAGAGCAAAACAAGGACCUCCCACUGGAUCAAGUCUGGGGACCUCACAACUAUAGGACUUGUUUUUCGUAUGCUAUUGGGAAGCCUGGAGACUUAAACCAACCAUAUGAGAUUAUAAACUAUACUAAUAAAAACCAUUUAGUAUGGCCCAUGGACCAUUCCGGAAUGUAUGUGUUUCGUGUGAGAAUCUUGGAUCCAAACUUUAGUUUCUGCAACCUAACAGCUAUUUUUGCGAUCGAGACCUUCGGAGUGAUUCCCCGCCCAAGUUUCUACCUGGUAGCUGCCUUGAUUUUUGUCUUGAUGCUCACGUUCAUCAGUGUUCUAGUUCUGAGCUAUUUCUGGUAUGCAAAGAUUUAUAGGCAAUUUAUUUUUGAGCCACUUCACAAGCCUCCUUCAAAACGGAAGAAGAAUUAGGGAAACCAAGAGUUAAUUCUGGAGAUGUGUGUGUGUAGACAGAUAUAUAGGUAAUGUACAUAUAUGUAAUUAUAUUAUGAAUGUGUUUGACUAAGGAACAUUAAAUAUAAGCUCAUACUAUUAUUAAAUUCAAGAUCUGAAAAAUGUUCUUAAAUUACUCCCUCAAAUAACAUAC